AUGGUUGAGAAACCUGGACCUGCCGAUCUGUUUGGUCACGGUAUAACAAGUAUUCCCUUGCAGCAGCUUGUUUUCGAUGAUAAGGUCGAAGACUGUAGUGAUUGCGCCAGAAACAGAGCACUUGCCUCAGUAGCGGAACCUGAAAGUUUCUGGAACGAACUUCAACACCAGAAACUACUGAGUUGA